GUCGUGGUCAGGAGUACCUUCCUUCUAAAUGCAAUGAAAUAACGUCAGGCAGCUGCCUAGACCUGCACUCAAUCCUUUUGCCAUUCAACUCGCCGUUUGCUUUUCACUUUUCGGCCCUCUUCGAUUCCUUUCCCCUUCAUCAUCCGGUCGGGAAACAUCCUCCCCGAGUAGAAGCUACGUAGGCUCAAGCUGCCUUGCGGUGUGAUGGAAUCGAGUGAAUACACCGACCACACGAACUGCACAUCCUGAAGUUUACUUCGAGUUUGCAACCACUGCUGUCGCAACCAUGAUACCCUUCAUACACGCCCCAUUCGUUUACGUAGCCGAUACGCUCGGCGCUGGUCCUGAUGAGCUGAAACUCAUUUUCUCCAUACUCGUUUCCUACCCGCUCGCCGGCCUCCUGAAACGGGUUCCUGAUGCCCGGCCCGCUUAUAAGAAUCUGUUUUCACUCGGAAUCUCCAUCUUCUUCCUUGUCGGCCUGUUCGAUCUCUGGGAUGGCCUCCAAACGAUGCUCAUAUCGGCGGGUGGCGCCUACGCUAUUGCCAAGUUUUUACGCGGCUCCCGCUAUAUGCCAUGGGCCGGCUUCGUCUUUCUGAUGGGCCACAUGAGCGUCAACCAUAUCGCUCGCCAGGCCGCCAACAGCCCGCGCUCUGUGGACAUCACGGGUGCUCAGAUGGUUCUGGUCAUGAAGCUGAGCGCCUUUUGCUGGAACGUGGCAGACGGCUUGCUUCCCGAGGCCGAGUUAUCCGACUUGCAGAAGGACCGCCGCCUAACCGAGUUACCGGACCUUCUCGACUAUGCCGGCUUCGUCUUUUUCUUCCCCAGCUUGCUAACCGGCCCAGCCUUUGACUUCGCCGAGUACCGCCGUUGGCUCGAUACGAGCAUGUUCGAGGUACCGGCCCACGUGGAUCCAGCCAAAAAGCCGCCCACUAGGCGCAAGCGCAAGAUCCCCCGCAGCGGUACGCCAGCCAUGCUGAAGCUCGCUUCUAGCCUGGUGUGGAUUUUCAUGUUUCUCCAGCUGUCCGCCUACUUUGAUCACACUGUUCUGCUUCAAGACAGCUACCUGGAGUAUGGAUUCCUUCGUCGGUUGUUCGUCUUACACAUGGUCGGUUUCACCGCACGCACCAAGUACUACGGUGUAUGGACACUAUCCGAAGGCGCCUGCAUCCUCGCUGGACUGGGGUACAAUGGCGUGGAUCCUGUCACUGGUAAGGUCUCGUGGGAUCGCCUCCAGAACAUCGACCCGUGGGGUGUCGAAUUCGCACAGAACACUCGGGGCUACCUCGAAUCUUGGAACAUCAACACCAACAAGUGGCUGCGGAACUACAUCUACCUGCGCGUGACCCCGCGGGGCAAGAAACCUGGCUUCCGCGCCAGCUUGGCCACAUUUACCACGUCUGCCUUCUGGCAUGGCUUCUACCCCGGUUACUAUCUCACCUUUGUUCUGGCUUCGUUCAUCCAGACAACAGCCAAGAACAUACGCCGAAACGUCCGACCCUUCUUCGUCGACCCCAAAACGGGCGCCGGGCUCCCGUCCAAGAAAAUAUAUGACGUCGCCUCCUGGCUCACCACCCAGCUCACCUUCUCCUUCGCCGUCGCCCCCUUCCUCCUCCUCUCCUUCUCGGACUCCUGGAUGGCGUGGUCGCGCGUCUACCUCUACGCCAUCAUCGGCACCGCGACCACGAUGGUGUUCUUCGCGUCGCCGGCUACAGCGUACCUGAAGAAGGAAAUUGGGAAGAGGAACGCCAAGGCUGGGGUCGGCGCGAACGGGAAUGCUGGCAAGGGCCGCGACGGCAAGCUUAGCCGGUCGACUAGCUCGGAAAGCUUGGCUUCGCAGGCGCCUGUCAUGGGCAUCACGCAGGAUCUGGAGAAGGAGUUUGAUGAUGCUAUGAGCGAGAUUCGGGCGUUCGAGGCGGAGAAGAAGAAGUGAAGUGCGGUUAAUGGGUGGAGAAAAGGGGGAGAGUAUCAGAAUGAGAGAGCAAUGGAUGUGUUGAAGUAGGGGUGGUAAAGGGCGAGUAGAGGUAGGAGCAUACAUGCAGGAACUUUCAUUGCUAUAUAGAGCAGCCGGCUGAGCGAGGGCCGAGCAUCGGAGUAUUUGGGAUUUUACAUUAUUACACCAGCGUGUCUGAGUAGUUGCCGUUGAGGGAGAUAUAUGGACGGAAUUUAAUACCAUUAUUCGGACUUUUGGCAGAUAAA